AUGGCGGACAAAUUGACCAGAAUUGCGAUUGUCAAUAGCGACAAGUGCAAACCAAAGAAAUGUCGACAGGAGUGCAAGAAAUCCUGCCCUGUCGUCCGAACCGGAAAACUCUGCAUCGAGGUCACUCCCGAAUCCAAGAUCGCUUACAUUUCUGAACGGCUGUGCAUCGGUUGUGGUAUCUGCCCGAAAAAAUGUCCCUUUGGUGCCAUCCAUAUCAUCAAUUUGCCUACGAACCUUGAGAGCCAAGUCACGCAUCGAUACUCCGCAAACAGUUUCAAGUUGCACCGACUUCCCAUGCCACGACCUGGACAGGUUCUUGGGCUGGUUGGGACCAACGGUAUUGGCAAGAGUACCGCGCUGAAGAUUCUCAGUGGCAAGCUGAAACCAAACUUGGGAAGAUAUGACAAUCCUCCAGACUGGGAGGAGAUUUUGAAAUACUUCCGUGGCUCAGAAUUGCAGAACUACUUCACAAAGGUGCUUGAAGAUGAUCUCAAAGCCAUUGUCAAGCCACAGUAUGUGGAUCAACUUCCACGGGCCAUCAAGGGCCCGAUCAAGACAGUCCGACCUCUGAUUGAAGCCAAAUCCGAAAUGGGCAACUUGGAGCAUAUCAUGGAUGUUCUUGAACUGAGGGCGGUAGCGGACCGAGAGAUCGGCCUGUUGUCUGGCGGAGAGUUGCAACGAUUCGCAAUUGCGCUGGUUUGUGUUCAAAGAGCAGAAGUCUACAUGUUUGAUGAACCAUCGUCGUACCUUGAUGUCAAGCAGCGUUUAAGUGCGGCCAAGACCAUCCGAGAACUCCUUAGGCCCGACGACUAUGUCAUUGUCGUCGAACAUGAUCUGUCGGUCUUGGAUUACCUCUCCGACUUCAUUUGUGUUCUUUACGGUAAACCUGCGGUCUACGGCGUUGUCACACUCCCUGCCUCCGUGCGAGAGGGCAUCAAUAUUUUCCUCGACGGCAAUAUCCCGACGGAAAAUCUACGUUUCCGGGAGGAGAGUCUGACCUUCAGGCUUACGGAAGCUGGAGAGGAGUUCAUGAUUGACAAAAAUCGUGGGUUUCAAUAUCCCACCAUGGAAAAGACCCUCGGCAAUUUCCACCUGAAGGUCGAAACCGGGACAUUCACUGAUUCUGAGAUCAUUGUCAUGAUGGGCGAGAACGGCACUGGCAAAACUACGUUCUGUAAGAUGCUGGCGGGCGUUGAGAAGCCUGAUGGCCUCCAGAAGGUGCCCGCCAUGAACAUCUCGAUGAAACCGCAGAAGAUCACACCCAGGUUUCAAGGGACUGUCCGUCAACUAUUCUUCAAGCGAAUCAAGGCCUCGUUCUUGAACCCCCAAUUCCAGACGGACGUCUACAAGCCCUUGAAAAUCGAUGACUUCAUUGAUCAAGAAGUCCAGAAUCUCUCUGGAGGUGAACUGCAACGUGUCGCUAUCGUCUUGGCUCUCGGCCUUCCCGCUGAUAUCUACCUCAUCGACGAGCCGUCGGCCUAUCUGGAUUCCGAGCAAAGAAUCAUUGCAGCUCGAGUCAUCAAACGUUUCAUCAUGCACAGCAAGAAGACGGCCUUCAUUGUUGAGCACGAUUUCAUCAUGGCGACGUAUCUGGCUGACCGUGUCAUUGUCUUUGACGGCAAACCAUCAGUGAAUGCUCAUGCGAAUGCCCCAGAAAGCCUGUUGACCGGAUGCAACAAGUUCUUGAAGAAUCUGGACGUCACGUUCCGACGAGACCCGAACUCCUACCGUCCUCGAAUCAACAAAUACCAAUCCCAGAUGGAUCAGGAGCAGAAGAUGAAUGGAAACUACUUCUUCCUCGAAGAGAGUUGA